AUGUGCCUUGUUAGAGUCCGAGCCGAACCGGACGAAGUCAUCAUUCCUGCUCGCCCUGUUCGGCGCGUGCCCAGCAUCGUUGAGCGCAGUACGCGCCGAACCAGCGUGACCGUUAUUGAGCCAGCGCGACGGAGUUCUCAGAACCGUCUGCCUCCUCCAAGGUCAUCUGGUCAGCGUCUUCCUGCUCCUCCACCUGUAGCCAAGCCAGAACCCGCGCCGGCUCCGGCUCCAGCUCCGGCCCCUGAACCAGCGCCUCCACCACCUCCACCGGCACCCGCCCCUCCUGCUACGGCUGGCGCUCUUGAGCCGGUGAAGUCAGCAUCUCCGCGCACCUCUCACCACACCAUCGUGCGGCAAUACAGCCCUCGAUCUAGUCGCGCUUCGGGAGACUUUUACGAGCGCGACUAUGAAUAUGUGCGGACUACCUCUUUGGUUCCACAAGAGCCCGAUAGCUAUCGGUAUGUGGACGGUCGUGCGCGCAGGCACAGACACAGCAUGAGCGGCGGGAGCGCUCAUCAGCCUAGACUCAGCUGGCACCAAGGACAUUCUCAUGCUCACCCGGAAGGUGGCAGCGUGUCUUAUGUUUACAUGCCCCGCCAGUCAACUUCAUCCUACCACUCUGCUAACAGAGAACGCGUGGUCGUCACAGACCAGGACGGUCGGAGGAGAGAAUAUUAUCGCGAAACCGCAUGA